AUCAGUGAGCCUCUUCCAAUUCUUCAUAAAUACUAUCAGUUAGGAGAUAUUAUCAUUGGUGGAAUUUUGUCUCAGAUCUACAUAUUUUCAAACACAAUAACCUUUCAGGAACGACCUUCUACUGAACUUUUUUAUGAAACUGACCAUUUUAUUGCAAGCUGGACAUAUCAUGCCUCAAUGGAACUCUUCUCAACACAAGGCAAGUUCAUUCCUAACUACAAGUGUGAUACAGAGAACAAUCCAGUAUCAGUCAUUGGAGGGCCUAAUUCAGAAAUCUUUAUCCACAUGUCAGCUAUCCUGUCCAUUUACAAGGUUCCACAAUUCACCUAUGGUUCUUCUGCUGAUUUAAGUAGGAAAACUCAGAUUGCUUUGUACCACCAGAUGUUCCCAAAUGUCAACAGACAAUGCAGAGGAAUUCUUCAGUUACUCUUACAUUUCCAGUGGAGGUGGAUUGGGGUAUUAUAUGACAAUGAUGACAAUGGAGAGAGGUUUAUUCAGAAAGUUAUUCCCAUGUUUUCCAAGAAAGGAAUCUGUUUUGAUUUCAUUGAAAGAUUCCCAAUAAUCACUUUUGUUGAUAACUUUGAUAAGAUGGUGACAGAAGGAUUUCAAACAUACCAUGUUGUAACAGAAAGCACUGCUAAUGUUUCUAUUAUUUAUGGUGAUAUUAAGACCAUGGUAUUUAUAAGGAUGUUUCCCACCAUAUUAAAAUAUGAGAAUAUCGCAGAAAUAGCAGUAUCCAAAGUUUGGGUUAUGUCAGCUCAGAUGGAAUUCACAUCUCUUCCCUUUCAAAAGCAUGAGAAUAUAGACUUCCUCCAUGGUGCUCUCAGCUUUGCAAUCCAUUCAAAGGAGAUAUUAGGAUUCCAGGAGUUUCUUCAUAUGAGAAAACUUAUCUUGGUAAAAGAAGACAGAAAUGAUUUUAUUCAGCCCUUCUGGGAAGAAGCAUUUGAAUGUUUGUUUCCUGGAUCCACAUUGGACAGUCAAGCCACAGUGACCUGCACUGGUGUAGAGAAGCUGGAGACACUUCCUUCAUCUGUUUUUGAAACAAGCAUGACUGCCCAUAGCUACAGUAUUUAUAAUUCAGUCUAUGUUGUGGCAUAUGCUUUGUAUGCUAUGCUUUCAUUGGAAGUCAAGAAGACAUCAAGGGUUCAUAAAGGAAGACAGAUCUUCAAUCAACUUGCCUGGAAGCUGAACUAUUUUGUGAGACAUGUCUUCUUUAAUAACAGUGUUGGGGAAACACUUUACUUCUCUCCAAAUGGGGAACUGGAAACUGGAUUUGAUAUCAUCAAUUGGGUUAUAUUCCCCAACCAAUCCUUCUUUAGAGUCAAAGUUGGACAGCUACAACCCCUGUCUUCUAAAGAAGAAAUGUUCACUAUUUCAGAGAAAACCAUAAUGUGGACACACAGGUUUAAUCAGACACAGCCCCCUUCUCUUUGCAAUCCCAGUUGCCAUUCAGGUUAUAGCAAGGUCAAACAAGAAGGAAAGCCAUUUUGCUGUUAUCAUUGUAUACCUUGUCCAGAAGGGAAGAUUUCAAAUCACAAGGACAUGGACAACUGCUUGCAAUGUCCACAAGAUCAUUAUCCCAAUGAGGAUCAAGAUUUCUGCAUUCCAAAAUAUGUAACAUUUUUGUCCUAUGAAGAACCUUUGGGGAUCACCUUCACCAGCUUUAUUAUUUCCUUUUCAGUCAUUACUAUUUUGCUGCUCUGGCUUUUCAUUAAACAUAAUGACACCCCUAUUGUGAAAGCCAACAAUGAGACCCUCACCUAUAUUCUUCUCAUCUCCCUCCUACUUUCAUUUCUUUGCACCUUGCUAUUUAUUGGCCAGCCUCAUCAAUGGACGUGUCUUCUUCGGCAAGUUACUUUUGGCAUCAUCUUCUCCAUGACAAUUUCUAGCAUUUUGGCAAAGACUAUCAUAGUAAUUCUAGCUUUCAUGACUACCAAGCCAGGGUCAAGAAUUAGAAAAUGGAUGGGAAAGAGACUAGGUCUUUCUAUUGUCCUUUCUUGCUCUUUUAUUCAAACCAUUAUUUGUAUUGUAUGGCUAUCAAUCUCACCUCCAUUCUUAGAUGUUGACAUGUAUUCCAUGCCAAAGGAAAUUGUAUUGAUGUGUAAUGAAGGGUCAACCAUCAUGUUCUACUGUGUCCUUGGUUUUAUGGGUUUCCUGGCAGCUAUCAGCUUCAUGGCGGCUUACCUGGUCAGAAAGUUACCUGACACAUUUAAUGAAGCCAAAUUUAUUACCUUUAGCAUGCUGUUGUUUAGCAGUGUUUGGCUCACCUUUGUUCCAACAUACUUGAGCACAAAGGGGAAAUAUAUGGUGGCCAUGGAGAUAUUUUCAAUUUUGUGCUCCAGUGGUGGACUACUGGCUUGUAUUUUCUUCCCCAAGUGUUAUAUUAUGAUAAGAAAACCAGAACUGAACAGUAAGGUACAACUAAGAAGAAUAACAAUGUAG